CAGAGUUUUAUCUACAGUGGGACUCUCAGGACUCUAGCUGUGGAGAGAUAAAGAGAUGCCACUGGGGUAGGUAAACUGACCCAACUCUGCAGAACUCAGAGGACGAAGGCAAGACUUCUACUUGAGCAGUUUUUCCAUCCCUGCUAUGUGCAGGAAAUGAAGACAUUGCCUGCCAUGCUCGGAAUUGGGAAAUUAUUUUGGGUCUUCUUCCUAAUCCCAUAUCUGGAUAUCUGGAGAAUCCAUGGGAAAGAAUCAUGUGAUGUACAGCUUUACAUAAAGAGACAAUCUGUACACUCUGUCUUAGCAGGAAAACCCUUUAACCUACAAUGCCCUGUGAAAUACUGUGCUCACAGGCCUCAUGUGACUUGGUGCAAGCUCAAUGGAACAAAAUGUUUACCACUUGAAGAUGGACUUCAGCAACACACAAGUUGGAAAGAAGAGAAGAACAUUUCAUAUUUUAUUCUACAUUUUGAACAAGUGCUUCCUAGUGACAGUGGGUCAUACCGCUGUUCUGCACAUUUUUCAUUUCAUCGCGUUGAAAGCCACUCAACAACUGUUUUCGUGAGAGCAUUUACUGACAUUCCAGAUGUAAACAGUACCUCGGAACAACCCUCCAAGGAUGAAACGGGCAACAGACCAUGGCUCCUGUAUAGUUUACCUUCUUUGGGGGCAUUGCCUCUACUCGUCAUUAGCUGUUGCUUCCUGUUCUGCUACCUGAGAAGGCACCAAGGAAAGCAAAAUGAACUUUCUGACACAGCAGGAAAGGAAAUUAUCCUGGUUGAUGUUCCCUUUAAAAGUGAGAAAACAGAAGCAAGCAUCAGGCAGAAUUCCCAAGUACUGCUAUCGGAAAGUGGAAUUUAUGAUAAUGACCCUGACCUUUGUUUCAGGAUGCAGGAAGGGUCUGAAGUUUGUUCUAAUUCAUGCCUGGAAGAAAACAAACCAUGCAUUGUUUAUGCUUCCCUGAACCAUUCCAUCAUUGGAGUGAACUCAAGACACACAAGACCUGUGAAAGAAGCACCAACAGAAUAUGCGUCCAUAUGUGUGAGGAGUUAAGUCUAUUUCUUACUCCAACAGGGGGCAUUGAAUGAUCAGCGUGUCAACAUCAUUGUCUGGGACGAACAGGAUGUCAAAUAAUAUUUCUCAAUUUGAGAAUUUUUACUUUAAAAAUGUUCAUGUUAGUGCUUGGGUCUUAAGGGUCCAUAGGACAAAUGAUUAAAAUUUCUCCCAGAAACUUAUUUGGGAGCUUUUUAUAUUAUAACCUUGAACAAGAAAAUCUCUCCGAAACUGAUUGAUAUCAUGAGUAGCAGAAUAGUAGAACAUUUAAACUUAGCUCCAUUUCACCCAAUAUACAAACUCAAUCUUGCCUUUGAAGCUAUUGGAAAGACUUAUAGGGAAAAGAGGUUUGUGUUAUCUGGAUCGGUUUACUACACACUCUUGAAAACAAAAUGUCCCAAUUUGACUAACUAACCAUAAAUACAGUAAUGAUUUUACAUUUCAAGUCAAUCUUUCAUGAUAAGAAUUUUUUCCUCUGUCAAUCUAAGAAUGGUGUUUCUUAAAUGCAAAGGAGAAAUCAUUUUAGACUUGAUGUGAGAAAAUGAAAAGAAUAAAUGGUGCAAUAAAAAUACAGAAUAUACCAAUUAGAUGUAGAGUAGAUGUUCCCCAUUCCUGGCAAGCAAAUGCUUAUGUCUACCCUGUUAGAUUGACAGACAAAUAUAGGUAUCAAUGGAGCAAUCAAUGUAUAGUACAUUUAUGAAUAAAGUAGUGACUCACUGUUUGGGUCACAUAGACUGAUGGAUAAGAAUGUGACAUAAUGCUGCUGAAUUAAUAGACUUAUGGGCAUCCAAAUAGCUUAGACGUUAGUCAGAAUAGGUAUUAUUGGGCAAUUGAAGAUUGAUAGCUUAAACUGCUUCAUGCUUGACUUGAUAGCAAGUUAAAGUGCAAUUAAUGGAAUGGAGGAAAACCCAGAAUAUUUAAUAGGUCAGCAGGGGUCAAUACGCUUUCAUUCACCACAGCUGCAUCUUGCUGUUAUUCUUACUAAGGAAUCAGGGCAAAUUAUCUGUAGUGACAUAUUUUAGUUUGCUAAUCAUUUAUUUUAAAAUACUGAGGUUGCAGCCACUUAAGAGCACAGCAAAAGAUGGAUUCAGAUAUAUGGAAUUUCCAAAGUACUUGAGUUACAUUAUUUCAAAAAUAGCCUAUAACUUUAUUCAACAGUUUGAGGCGAUUAGAAUUCUCAGGUGCUGCUACUGAAUAAUGUAAUAGUCUUCCUACAAAGUGGAUAGCAAAGGUUAAAAUCCAUUUGAACAAAUAUGUAAGCUGAGCUGCACAAAUGAAUGUGAUCUCUGUGUGUGUGUGUGUGUGUGUGUGUGUGUGUGUGUGGUGUGUAUUUUAGGUUGGGUGGGUGACAACAGAAAUGGUGCAUGAUCAAAUUGAUAUUACAUUUUCAGUUUGCUUUUGAUGGUCAAAAUACUAGAUUAAAUAGGUCAAUAAAGAAAAGAAUGUGUGAAAUUAUGGAGUUGAGAGUAUAAGUGGGGUAAACAUAUAGAAAGACAAAACCAAGGUUUUGUGGUGGAGAGAGUUUCUUAUAUAACACUGGCAUUACGUUUUAGCUGCUUAGAUUUGGGAGUGCAGGAUUCUUUUGAGUCACUGUUAUUUAGCCAAUUACACCUAGAAUUUUAAGCAACCAAUUCUAGAUAGGCUCUUUUAGCCAGGCUGCAUUUGUGGACGACUUAUGUAAGAAAGACAUAUUAGAAUAGCUGCUUGUGGUAUUCUUAAAAAUAGAAACAGGAAAUAUGGGGAGGAUACAUUUAGCUGUCCUCUUAUCAGAUGAACACACAAAGCUGAACAGUUCCUUCAUGAUUC